AUGGGAGGUGAUGAUUAUAGCGUUUGGAAGCCAGACUACAAAGGGAGGUUUUCUGUCAAUUCGGCCAAAGACCUAAUCAGGCAAAGAUAUCCUUCUUUGGAAGGAAGCAACUUGUUGUGGAGGCAGUCUGUGCAUCCUGCACUUGCGGCCAGGAAUUGGAAGCUGCUUUGUGGAUCGUGUGCAACCUUAGAUAAGGUGAAAUCAAGAUUCAAAUUUCAGGUGGUAAAUAAAUGUUGCUUAUGCAACCAACAAAAAGAAACGUUGGAACAUAUCCAGUGGUCGUGUAGCUUUGCAGUGCGUGCUUGGGACUGGAUUUCGGGAGUUUUUGGCAUUUCUCCACAGCAAAAUAUAGUUGCUUGUUAUAAGGCUGCAAAAGGUAGAAGUCGCAUGGUCAAAGAAUUGUGGCUUUUAGCUAUUUUGGUAAUCAGGUUAGAAUUUUGGAUGACUCGUAAUGGGUUUGUCUAUGGUAAUCAAAGGGUUUGUUGGCUUUACUUUCAAAAGAAAGUCUUUAACCAGAUUCAGGGUUAUUCUACAAGGAUUAAGGGUUGUAUGUUUAAUAUCCAAGUUGAUCUCCAGGUUCUCUCUUUCUUCAGAGUUCGUCAUAGAAAGGUUAAACAUGAUGUUCCAAAAGAGUGCUAUUGGGAGCCUCCGAGGAAUGAUGAGCCGAUGCUAUGUUGUGAUGGUGCAGCUCGCGGAAACUCUGGUAGAGCAGGCGCUGGUGUAGUUGUUCGUGAUGCUAACGCUGUUAUGGUUGGUGCUAUGAGUGUUGGUUUUGGCGUACAUACUAAUUACUUGGCAGAGCUUUUUUGUGUGAUUGUUGGCUUAGAAUGGGCUAGCAAGUUUGGCGUUGGAAAAAUUUGCAUUCGGACAGACUCUAUGAGUGCAGUGGAGGCAAAUUUUGCAGCUGAUUGCAUGGCAAAAAGAGGCUGA